AUGUAUCCAGCUAGAAUCGAACCAGACUCUCUGCAUCAGCAAACUGUAACUGUAACAAGUGACCACAAACUAUCCAAAUCCGGUUUUGCCGUUAUUAUAGGACAAAUAUUUGCAGAACAAGCUUCCAAAUUCGAAGUCCAUGGCCAUAAAUUGUUCCAUAAAAAUCUUGUUUCUCCCAUUGUCCAGAAACUAUUACAUGAAGGCAUAGUCAAAGAAGUAAUUAAGCGUGUCCACAAAGAAGGACACUACGGUGUCAACAACAUAUAUUCUCAGCUUUGUUUGCAGUAUACUGGUCCUUGUCUGUUUGAAACCGAUUUUGUGCAGGGCAAUCCUGUUGAAGAAAUUGCUUGUCACACCAAGGUUAUACAACAUAUGAUAGACGAAUUAAGACCUGAAGCUCGUAACUGCGCCAAUGAAAAGAAACAGAAGUAUAAGGCACAAUAUGACCUUCAAGUUUUUCCACGUCGUCGUUUUUCUCCUGGCAAACAAGUUCUUAUGCGCAACCAGAAACCGCCGCAUAAAUUUUUGGAUCGUUGGCUUGGGCCAAUGACUGUUACUCACGUUAAUAAUAAUGGAACAUAUCACCUUACUGGCCCUAACUACUGCUGUCUUCAAGGUGCUGUUAACGGUGACUUCCUUAUUCCAUUCAAUAAUCAUAAACUUAUGGUACCCGAUGUACAAGUCAAGCAUGUAGACCAUUAG